AUGGCAACUCGCUCCCUUUCUACUACCAUUCCCCGUCAAAGAGCGUCAGCCGCGGACGAUGACAAGGCCAUCAACAAGGUCUCCCGCACCAUCACCCAGCCCAUCUCCCAAGGCGCUUCGCAGGCCAUGCUAUACGCCACCGGUCUCAAAGAGGAGGAUAUGAACAAAGCACAAGUGGGAAUCUCGUCCGUCUGGUUCACCGGGAACCCAUGCAACAUGCACCUCCUCCGUCUCAACAACCUGGUCCGCGAUGGAGUGCAGAAAGCAGGCCUGAUCGGUUAUCAGUUCAACACCGUCGGUGUCAGCGACGGUAUUAGCAUGGGUACACCAGGAAUGCGCUACUCGCUGCAGAGCCGUGAUCUGAUUGCCGAUUCUAUCGAGACCGUCAUGGGCGGUCAGUGGUAUGAUGCGAACAUUAGCAUUCCCGGCUGUGACAAGAACAUGCCUGGUGUGUUGAUGGCCAUGGGAAGAAUCAACCGCCCCAGUUUGAUGGUGUACGGUGGUUCUAUCAAGCCUGGUUGCGCUGCUACCCAGGACAAUGCCGACAUUGAUAUCGUUUCUGCUUUCCAGGCCUACGGACAGUUCUUGACUGGUCAGAUCAACGAGCCUCAGCGAUUCGAUAUCAUCCGCCAUGCUUGCCCUGGUGAUGGUGCUUGCGGUGGUAUGUACACUGCCAACACAAUGUCAACUGCUAUUGAGACCAUGGGUAUGACUCUGCCGGGCUCUUCGUCGAACCCGGCAGAUUCCCCGGUCAAGAACCUGGAAUGUCUCGCCGCCGGUGAGGCGAUCAAGAAGCUGCUCGUAGAAGAUAUUCGGCCGAGGGAUAUCUUGACGCGCCAGGCCUUUGAGAACGCCAUGGUCGUGGUUAAUAUUACUGGUGGAUCGACUAACGCUGUGCUGCAUCUUAUUGCCAUUGCGGACUCGGUCGGCGUCAAGCUGACCAUCGACGACUUCCAAGCCGUCUCUGACCGGGUUCCCUUCCUUGCCGACCUGAAGCCGUCCGGAAAAUAUGUCAUGCACGAUCUAUACAAGAUUGGCGGUACCCCAUCCCUGCUCAAGUUCCUGCUCAGGGAAGGCCUUAUCGACGGCUCCGGCAUCACCGUCACGGGUGAGACCCUCGCCAAGAAUCUGGAGAAGGUUCCCGACUUCCCCGAGGACCAAAAGAUCAUCCGCCCGGUGUCCAACCCGAUCAAGAAGACCGGCCACCUCCAGAUCUUGCGUGGUAGCCUGGCACCCGGUGGGUGUGUCGGCAAGAUCACUGGUAAAGAAGGAACCCGAUUCACAGGAAAGGCGCGCGUUUUCGACCAUGAAAAUGAUUUUGUUGAGGCGUUGGAGCGCAACGAGAUCAAGAAGGAAGAGAAGACGGUUGUGGUUAUCCGUUACACUGGACCUAAGGGCGGUCCUGGCAUGCCUGAAAUGCUGAAGCCAUCUUCCGCCCUCAUGGGAGCCGGUCUCGGAUCAUCCUGUGCCCUCAUCACAGAUGGCCGUUUCUCGGGUGGCUCUCACGGAUUUCUGAUCGGCCACAUCGUCCCCGAGGCAGCUGUGGGUGGCCCCAUUGGUCUCGUUAAUGAUGGAGAUAUCAUCACGAUCGAUGCCGAGAAGCGCGUUCUCGACCUCGAGGUCAGUGACGGUGAACUUGCUGAGCGACGGCGCCAGUGGGAAGCGGACAAGGAGGCGGGAAAGCUUCCCCCGACUGGUCUCACGUUGAGGGGUACUCUGGGCAAAUACGCCAGGAACGUCCAGGAUGCUAGCCGGGGCUGCAUCACGGAUGCGUUGCCGUAA